GGUCUCACUCAAAACGACGUCAUCUUCCACUUUGCAAACCAGAUCCAGGGUCCAUUGAUUCACUUCCCAAUAUUCUCUGCUUUGCUUUGCUUGGCCUUGGCAUUCUUCUCCAGGGAACUUGGGGGGUUUCGGACGAUCCGGUUCUCUCCUGCACUCUCACACUCCGAUCCGAUCGUCGCUGACCGGAGAAACCAAAAUCCGAAUACAGAGAUAUCAAGAGCGACAUGUUUCUGCUGGACUGGUUCUACGGAGUGUUGGCCUCGCUGGGUCUCUGGCAAAAGGAGGCGAAGAUCUUGUUCCUUGGCCUCGAUAAUGCCGGCAAGACAACCUUGCUCCACAUGUUGAAAGACGAGAGACUGGUACAGCACCAGCCGACACAGUAUCCCACAUCGGAGGAGUUGAGUAUUGGGAAAAUCAAGUUCAAGGCGUUUGAUUUGGGAGGGCAUCAGAUUGCUCGCAGAGUCUGGAAGGAUUACUAUGCCAAAGUGGAUGCUGUGGUGUACCUGGUGGAUGCCUUUGACAAGGAGAGGCUUGCGGAAUCGAAAAAGGAACUGGAUGCACUCCUUUCUGAUGAGGCCCUCGCUAAUGUUCCUUUCCUUAUUUUGGGAAACAAGAUUGAUAUACCAUAUGCUGCCUCGGAGGACGAGUUGCGAUACCAUCUUGGCCUCACCAACUUCACUACUGGCAAAGGGAAGGUAAACCUAGCAGACACUAAUGUCCGUCCGUUGGAGGUAUUCAUGUGCAGCAUUGUGCGGAAAAUGGGGUAUGGUGACGGUUUCAAGUGGCUCUCUCAAUACAUCAAGUAAGGUAGUGGUCGGCAAGAUAUUUACGGCCCCCUGCACAUGGAAAUCCCACCAAAACACACCCCACACCACCCCAAAAAUGUAUCAAUUCCCCUGUUUGUUUUAGCCUCAGAUUGGCUUUAGAUUGGAUAUAUUUUGUUUGGAUCAGUGUGGAGGAGGCUUUAAUUUCACUGCUAUUAUGUAACUUGUGGCAUCAAAUAUUUCUUGGCUCUGUAAUUUGUUAUUGAACUAUUUCAUCUUUUAUAUAUUUGUGAGCCAUAAAGUAGAAAACUGUAUUUGUUAUUAUAUUUUGUAUUUGGAAUGAUGUAUUGAUACGUUUCAAAAAAUUGCUGUCAUGUUUGUUA